AUGGAGACCUGGUUUUGGAUUCUUGGAUGGGUUCUUUCCUUUCUUGCCAUCGCUGGAAAUGGAUUUACAAUCUUCCUCGUCUGCAGCAGACGAAAUCUCCGCACCAAAACCAACGCGUUUAUUGUUUCACUUGCAGUGGCGGAUUUUUGUGUUGGUUUGAGCGUUGUUCCUUCUUUGUUCGCAUGCGACGUUACAAACACCUGCUACUGGCCUAAGGUUUUUCCUUCAUGGAAAGAUGUCGUAAGGUGGCUGUUUAGCUACUUGUCUGUUUUAAACUUGUGUUCUCUGGUGCUCGACCGUUAUAUCGCCAUCGUAAAGCCUUUUAAAUACAUAACUUUUAUGACUCGAUCUCGUGUUAUUCAAGUGAUAACUUCUUGUUGGAUAGCGUCAUUUACGCUGGUUGCGUUCAAGACCGCACUUCGGCUUUGCUGCGAGACCCCUCUGACCAGUAUCGUUGCAGUUGUGGUUUUAAUGAUUUUCAUGGAAAUCGUUCCAUGCGUACUGCAAGUACUCUGUUUCGCGUCAAUGUUACUUCAUGUAUGGAAACAUGAUCGGUCAACACGCACCCUAGCAAAACAGUUACGUUUUAACCAUCGGGUAUCUUAUAAAACCCAUCACGAGAAGUCUGCAGUAAUAAUGAUGGGUAUUGUGAUAGGAGUGUUUGUUGUGUGCUACGGAAUAUAUUUGCGUUGUAGUCUGUUAGUAGUAUUCGACACAAAUGCAUCAUGUAAAGAUGAACAAUACAAAAUUCCUGUAUUGGUUUUAAACUCGGCCAUUAACCCACUGUCUUAUGCUUUUUUCAAAAGAGACAUAAAGAAAGAGUUUAAAAGGCGUAUCAGUCAGGUGGUUUAAUUUAGGCGGAAAAGUAACCAAGUAGAGCCUUCCACUUGAUCAUUUCUGAAGGACAUAGAUCUUAAUAUUAGUUGGCAGAACUGCCUUUGAUAGCGGAUUGUGUCAGGCAUCGCGGGCGGCAGUUUUGGGGCCGGCAAUUCCCUGGCGGUUUGUCUCAAAUCAUAGUUUGGAAGCACUGGUGUUUAAGGAGGGUACAAGAACCAAUACAAAGGACGAUAAGAAUACAAUCUAAUAGGGACCUUACUAUCCGAAAACAGAGACGCCAAUGAAAACGUCGCUGAAAAAUAGACUUCGCGUCCUUUUUCGCCCUCAUACCAAGUCGCUCAGUGAAUUGAAAGCACGGAACAUGUGUUAAGCUGGAACUGAAGAGAGGACACCGCGCCCGAGUUCAGAGAGGGAUAGUAAAUAAAUUUAUCGCCUUGUCGUUCCAGUUCUUAAGCCCGUCAACUAAAAAAAAAUUGAAUAUUCCACGUUGUAGUUGUGUACGGACAGCGGAGAAAUGUACUAAAAAAAGUGAUGCACGUGCAGCCGGAGCUGUUGUUUUGCUCACUGAAGCCUAUUGUGUUGUAUUUUCGUAAGGUUCCUAGCAGUAUAUGUCAGUUGCUCUUGAGACGGCGAUUCUGAGGUAUCAAGCCCACGUCAACAGUAGUGGUAGACGAAAUUUCUAAUUGAAUUUUUUGUUUCAAACCAAGGGAAAGUAUUUCUUUUUCCUGGCUUUCCUAGCCAUUAUAAAAACUAAGAGUGCAGCCAUUGCUUUUUUCUCUUCUCUUCCAUUCCUUCUCCUCGCCCUUUCUGCUUUUCUUUUCUUUCGUUACUAUGAUUUUGGAGCUUCUGACGGGCUUAAGAAACCUGCCUUUUGACACUUUUUCACUCAAAUGACUGCAAAUUUCGUUAGGUUGUUUUUCAAAAAAUCGGCUAGGUAUAUAUAUUAAAAAUCGUUUUGGAAUUGUUGGUAAUUCGAUUACAUAUCAUCGUCAUUAUUGUAAACCAGUCCCUUUUUUUAUACGAUUUGCUUGUGUUCUUAUUUUUAAGAAUGCUUGUAACAACGUUGUACUGAUUCAUUAAUUUGCGAUGAUGUUGAGAUUGAACCUUGCUUACUUACUUAAUUGUUAAAUAAUGGUUACUUCUCGGCUUUCGAACGUCUGCCACGCAGGCUCCGUUUAGUCCACUGACUACCUUCUUUUUUCGUCCCUCCCAUGUGCCGAGCUGAAUAUUUCUGGAUUUAACUCAAACCACCACUUUUAGCCUCUUUAUCUGUUAUCUUUUCCUCAAAUACUUCAAAGCAGGUUAUUUGACUGUCGGUUGUAUAUUGUGAACAACAAGCUCCGACACUUGACUGUCGGGGGUAAGGUUUGGGGAAUUGCAUUUCACAAUUGUACCUAAUGGUCUAUGAUAACAGCAACCGUCUGUACAUCCUGUCUUUCACAUCAGCUACAUGAUCCGGAUCUGUGUGUCGGUCAGUUUAUUCUUUGUCCUUGCUAGGCCUGCUAGGCAUGAUGGGACCAACAACAACUUACAACAACUUUAUUUCAAAAUCCUUGUUACAAAAUAGAAUUAAAACACAACCCUCAAGAAGCAAAGGCUAUUCGUGAAGCAUGAAGCAAAAUACAAUACUAGGAGUAGCCGGCCAGUUGAAGUAACGGGUGGAGUGGCAGUCUCUAUAAAUUGGACUGAGUUAUUUCGUCAGUGUUCUUUGUGAGGGUAUAACAAUAUUUAUGAAAAUAAGAAAAUGCCAAAUAACCAGAGAGCUUUUUUAAAAAAGCUUUCUGAAUGGAAUGGCGUCGUAGCCAGGAGAUAAAUCUGUUCACUCUUUUCUUCUGCAAAGAUAAAGUAUAUAACCAAAGAAGACUGUUUACGACGAAAAUAUGCAGUUAAAUUGUUAAAACGCUAUCUUCAAGAACGACGAAGAGUUCCCCACGCUGAAUGGAUACUUUUUAAGCCUCUUUGGCCCGAGAAAACAGCGUUUUCUUUAAUUUCCAAAAGCCAGUCAUUUUUAUUCACGAAGUCUUUGCAAAGCGGCAGAAAGGCCAUGACAUAGAGCUACUUGGAGAUAUUAAGUAAGAGACACAUAACUGAGAGCAUGCGCACAAUACGCGCCUAAAUCGAAAACAAAACCCCAUUUACACUAGCAAGUUACAAUUUGUGAAUAAAAACAGUCCCUUGUGUAUCUGAAUACGAUUUAAAAGACCAUAUAUAAUUAUGUUCUUUUGCGAUACUCGCGGAAAGGUAAAAAAUCCUAACCUAACCUAAAUUUAAAUAAAACCUAAUCCUAACCUAAAAUUCCUAACGCAGCGUCAUCCACUCACUAAUUAAUUAGUGCACAAAGUUCUCGACAAUUCCACGAUUUUCAUAUAACUUGAUCUACUGAAACCCUUUUAGGCCAAUUAAAUUUUGAGGAGUAACUGUAAUUUUGUGCCAACUCACCAAAGUCUGUGUUUUUUUCCGUCGAGUUCGUUGACGGUUGUUCGCGAGGGAGAGCCGAUGCUCGGAAAAAACAGUGGUCGACUGGUAAUUUCCAUCUUUUGGUUCGUCACUUCCUCUCUCGUGUUCCUCUUUACCUCUCUUUGGCGAAGAUUCAAAAGGCUUGUCGCAAGAGGUGAUGGUAACUCUCGCUGUUUUAGUGAACGUUGUAGCAAUUGAACACUCAAUCCUCGUUUUAACGAAGAUUGAGUGUUCAGGAAGUGGCCGAGAACAUUAUUUUACGCAUGUGUUUGGCCACUUCCUUUCACAGCUGCAGGUAUUUUGCCCAAUCUGGUGCACAAAUGGCAAGCUGCUGCAGGUGGCUACCCGGUCUUGAGGGCACUUCAAUGUGGACAGCUGAUAAUUGAGGAAAGCCAGGAACUUAAAGGAUAGCCUGACCAACUGGUGGCGUUAUUAUCGAACAGCAGGAACAUGAUCGGGUUUUGGUCACGGAAGGAAGCUUGGCUCAGGAUGUAUAAGCUGUUUGAGGACAGAUGAUGUUCCCUCUGACAGACUGGAUAACAUUCUGCACUACCAGAGUUGUUCGGGAAUCCAUUUCCGUUUCAUUCACCAUGUUCACAGGUGCAAGAAUUUUGUUGGCGUCUGAUACAGGUACUAUGACUGCUUCCGAAGAUGGUUUUGAUGACACGAGGACUCCCUGUCACGCUAUAAUAGGGAGCUUAAGCAACGACGACUGGAACAGGAACGGGAACGGGAACGGGAACGGGAACGGCUAAAAAGGCAAUAGGUUAGAUUAGCAAAACAACAACUUUGCGUCACGUGCAUCACGCUUUUUUUUCUUACAUUUCUUUGCCGUCAACACGACUACAACGUAACAGUACCUAAUUUCACUUUUUUUCUUUUACGGGGACACAAGACAACAACUUUCUUUUUCUUUUCGUGAACUUUGCUACAGUCCUUCAGAAUUCAACUCCAAAAACUUUGCCCACAUAUGACAAAUUAAAAGAGAUGCAAUAAACGCGAUAAAGUUUGAGGCAGCGCGAAUUCACUUCUUAAAUGACCCCGUAGCAAUCGCCGUCGUUGUUGCUAAGCUUCCUAAUGGUGAGACAGCAGUACAAUCGUGUUUCCCUCCGCUGUUGUUACUUCAUUAGUGUCGAGCUCUGUGAUGGUCGCUCCUCCAGACGAUGGCCCGGGCCACUGGAAGUACUUUAUACAGCAGUUCAUCAGUAAUAAUAUACACUAGGGAGCUAUAGACCUAAUCGAGUUACUGUUCUACCCGAUCAAGUUUUUGUUGUUUCUGCCGAAGUUCCUGGGCUCUCUGAUCAAGCCCCUUUAACAGGGAAGUGCACGAAGUGCACUUAGCCUUCAGCUUGAGGUUUUUUCCUUUCAAAUCGUUUAAAAAAGGCUCAAGCCAAAAGCUCACUGCACUUCACUGUUUACUGAAUAAACAGAGCAGUACAGUGAGCCUUCAGCUUGAGGUUUUUUCCUUUCAAAACGUUUUAAAAAAACUCAAGCUGAAAGCUCAUUGCACUUCACUGUUUAUUGAAUAAACAGAGCAGUACAGUGAGCUUUCAGCUUGAGUUUUUUUUCCUUCACACCGUUUAAAAAAGGCUCAAGCUGAAAGCCCAUUGCACUUCAUUGUUUAUUGAAUAAACAGAGCAGUACAGUGAGCCUUCAGCUUGAGUUUUUUUUCUUUCACACCGUUUAAAAAGCUCAAGCUGAAAGCCCAUUGCACUUCAUUGUUUAUUGAAUAAACAGUGAAGUGCAAUGAGCUUUCAGCUUGAGGUUUUUUUCCUUUCACAUCGCUUAAUUCCCUAACAGCGUUCUUAUGCCUCCGUUUGAUGUCUUCUUGCGAUUCUUUUAGCCGCUGUAACUCUUUUCUCAAAUUAUUUUCUUUUAAUUUUCCCGAUCUUUCCAGAUCGGUGAGGUUCUUUUGAGUUUUUAACAAAUCUUUUCACGGAAGUGAUUAUCUUCUUUCAACUACUGUCGAUCUGAUCGCAGGUUAUUAAUCACUACACCUUUUGCUAUGCUCGCAGCUGUAUACAUACAUCUCUACCAUCCUUAGUCGACGGAGAAUCUUUCCUGAAAUGCACAAAAACAAUCAUUUUUAGAUAAAAAUCACUGAUUCUGUAAAAUCUCUCCGUAAGUUUCAGUUUCGUUUUUCUUUUUCCAAAAGUGAAGUUUUUAGCUAAAGAGUGAUGUCAUAGAGAAUUGACCAUAAGUUAUUUGCGCGCGCAAAGGCUUGUCUAGAGCUGCAAUACUAAUGGUCAGCAAUAGAGCAUCCGUGGGUUUGUUAAGCUAUUGUGAUGUAGGAUCUAGGUGUUAGGUCAGUAUAUCGUUCAGUCACUUUUAAAAUGUUUUGUAUACAAUGAUUGUUAAUCGCAGAAGCCUGCGAGCAAGCUUUUCACAGCGAACGAGUCCGUGAUACACGCGAGAGAACUUGCGAGUGAGUCAACAAUUCUUUGCGCGCUAGCGCGUUGCUUCUUUCAAUAUUCUCCCCAGUCUACACCAGUAGGAGCAAAUUACUAUCGCCUCCUGACACCAAAAAAUUUCCAGCAUUUUACCAGAACGGUAAAAAAGGCCAAAAUUUUGUUCGUCAGAAGUUAUGGCUUAAAAAACGAUGCGUCAAAAAAAAAAAAACAGUAAUUAACAAUGUAUUUCUCAUUAUUGCUUAUUUCUUUACACAGUUUUUGUGUUAUGUAAACUAGGGCUUCAAAGACCACUGCAAAAACCGUGAAUGAUCAAUGUAACGUUGGAUCAAACAAGAACGUGAUCAGUCGAAAAAGAUAAAAAUAGACUUAAAGUCAAAAAGACUACUGCAGGCAAAGACUGAUCAAAAAACGUGAAAAAGGCUGAGGUAUAUAAACCACGAAUAUACAGAAUAAAUACUACUGUAAAGUAAUAAACAGAAGUUACAUGAUAUGACUUGGUAAGGUGUGGCUGCUAAGAAAAAUAGAUAAAGAAUGAUUAUAAUUCGUCACGUUUAUUCACUCCUAGAGGCUCGAUGGUUUUGGCUUUAUGAGUGAGGUGCGCCUCACUUGUUUCCUAAGACAAUCGCGUUCAUAUCUAAGUGUUUCAAUGCUAGGGAUAAGUAACAUAUGGGAAACAGAGUGGCUAUUGCUGAGAAAGUGUUCUGAAACUGUGGUUUGGAUGUAACUACCUGAGGAGUAAAGUAUAGGGCAUCUAUAUCUAAAAACGGUCCUUGGGGCGGCGUUUGGUUUCCCCAAAACAUUCAAAAUUUUAUACAAAGGUGGCAUUGAAUCAUGUAGAUAACAUUGAAAAUAUUGCAAGUAUUGUGAGAUUUGAUUAGGUAGGUUUUACCUGCAGAGUAGAAAGUAUAAUUGUCACGGCCGUGCAUGGUCAAUAUAGGCGCAUGUGGUGCAGUUCCUGCUGUUGCACCGAAAAGAACCGGGAGUGGCCCGGGCAUUUUUACAAUUAUCAGUCUCUAGCAAUUGGACUCUAACAAGAAUAUCGCUUAAAUUUUUAGAAUGGCAGUAAGAUACUAUUAGAAGGUUUUUAAAAACAUUUCUACAACGUUCUGAGGAAUAGAGGACGUGGGAAUGUUUGUGAAUAAUGUGCGCGACAUUCAGGUGGCAAUGUAGGGUUAUAUGUAAUAACAAAACGGAGUGGUUUCGGUCUGCGUAAGAGGUUUGUGUUUAAGUGCGUCAGCACGAGGAACGUCUGAGGCACGCUGUAUUUGUGUCGUGAGAAAGGCUUUGUCGUAACCACGAUUGGUAAGGUAGUUAGUACGCUGUUUGUAAAAACCAGAAGUGCAAGGCUGUAAUGAAUAGAGCAUUUAGUGUGAUGAGGAUGACAAGAUUAAAUGACAAGAUACUGGUGUUUGUCAGUAGGUUUAGAAUUCAUUGGUCAGUUUCCAUGAAGCCAUCCUUGACUGAAACCAUGACAUCAAGGAAAGGGAUAUUGUUAAACUAGCGUGAGCAUGUAAACUUUAUGGUGGAGUUUAAGUUGUUAAGAUAAUCGACAAAUAGCUAGGGUUUCUCUAGACCUUCAGUCCAGAUCAUGAAGAUAUCGACGAUGAAUCAGAGCCAUAAUAAUAGUUGAUAGGGAGCGCGAAGAAGAGCGUCGUGUUCGAAUUUUCCAAGAAAUAAGUUGGCGUACGACCGAGCGAUUCUAGUGCCCAUAGCUGUGCCGAGUUUAUGAAGAUAAUGCAUGCUGAGAAUUAAAAGUAAAUUUGAUCAUGGUGAGGAUAACACAAAUGAGGUCGCAAAUGGCUUCUGUAGAAAAAGGUUUUUAUUAGCUCUAACAAUUUAAGCGAUAUAUUUUUGUUAGAGCUCAAUUGCCAGAGACUGAUGAUAUCAACAAUGCCCGGACCACUCUCCCGGUUCUUUUCGGUGCAACAACAGGAACUGCAACACAUGGCCCUAUAUUGACCACCGCCGUGACAAUUAUACUUUUGCUACUCUACGGGUGAAACCUACGAAAUCAAAUCUCACAUUCCUUGUAAUCUUUUCAGCAUGUUCAAUGUUAUCUGCAUGAUUUAAUGCCGCCUUUGUAACUUGCAAUAUAUUGGAGAAACUAAACGCCGCCUCCAGGACCGUUUUAAUGAACAUAGACUUCCUAUACUUAACCGGCCUUCGGUAGUCGCAUCCAAACCGCAGUUUCAGAACACUCUCUCAGCAAUAGCCAUUUAGAUAUGAACACGAUUGUCUUAGGAAAGCAAGUGAGGCGCACCCCAUUCAUAAAGCCAAAACCAUCGAGCCUCUGGGAAUGAAAAAACGUGACGAAUUAUAAUCAUUCUUUAUCUAUUUUUCUCAGCAGCCACACCUUACCACGUCAUACCAUGUAAUUUCCGUUUAUUAUUUUACAGUAGCAUAUAUUCUGUAUAUUCGUGGUUUUCCGUAAUAAAACGGAUCAAGCCUGGUAGUGGCCAGUCGAAAUGUUGUAUACCUUAGCCUUUUUCACGUUGUUUGAUCAGUCUUUUCAGUAGUCUUUUUGACUUUAAUUCUACUUUUUUUGUCUUGCUUCGAGACCACUGGAUCCUAUUAUAAGGUGUUCCGAGGACACAAGCAAUUUCGUUUUCUUAUAAACGCGCUAGAGACCUAACAGCAGAGCCCCAUAGCUGAGAAAAUUCAGUUUAUCUAUUCGGUAGUCACGUGACCGUCCGUCCGUCCGUCCGUCCGUCCGUCCGCACAACAGGGCAACUAUUGUGAAAUCUCACACUUUCUAGCUAGCGGUGGAAGCCUGCAACCUGCUAUUGCACACCCGUCAUGAUCACUAUUAACAGCUAUUGAGAGGAGAAGUGUGACGCCAUGGUAGCAAUCAGUAUUUCUGGAUCACAACAAUGGGGCGCUUAACGGCAACAACGUUGGCGACGGCAACGAGAACGGCAAAAAAGCAAUCGAUUUACAUUAGCAAAGCAACAACUUUGCACGUGCAUCACGCUUUUUGUACAUUUCUUAGCCGUCGUUGCAAGUCUGCGACUUGAAACUUCCUAAUUUCACGCGCCCGCCUUAUGGAGUUGGUGAACCCAACACAAGAAUUUUCUUUUCUUUUUACCAAACUGAGAUAGGGUCCUUUCGGAUUCAACCCCGUGCAAUUUUGCCAAGAUUUUACAAAUUCAAAUGAAAUGGAAUAAGAUCGACGAAGCUUGAAUCAGUGCGAAUUUACUUUUUAAGUGACGUUUUCGCGUUGUUGUCAUCCAGAAAUUUUGCUGCCAUGACAACGUGACGUAACACUUCUCCUCUCUAUUCCAGGGUAAGUUUAUGUUUGUGUAACGGAUGUAAUUUUAUGCUAAAUGUACUAUAUUUACCGUUUGCUUCAUCUGUAGCAGUAUAUCGCUAAAUAUGUAAGAGGAACACUAUAGACAAUAAACAAUGAACUAAAAAACCUUCAAAAUUGUCCAAAAUACCACUUCUCUGGCAAAAGCACGACAGUUUAUCGUAGCUAAGGUAAUACAACGUUUAUUUAGCCCUGAUCGCCUUACAUUUUCACUACACAUCACCUACUGCGCAUGGCAUGACGACGUCAAAGGUAGCGGGGAUUUUAUUACGGGUCGCCUAAUUAAAGAAAAGUAACAAAGGCCCCCUUUUGUAAUCCUUCCCGGCUAGAAAAGAUGUUGGUCUUAAAACUUGUCCCAGUCCCUUCGCUAAAAAUGAUCUUUUAAACCCCAAAUGUAUUUGUCUCUUUGUUGUCUUUUCAGCGGGGCUCAUAGGAAACAAAAAGCUGUAACAUGGGAACUACUUUUGCAUUUUUUAUUCGUUACUUUAAGCUCAAACUUUGCAGGAAAGUAGAACUCUGUAUUUCAAAAAUACUAUGUUUUUUGUUUUUCAAUUUUAACGCUUUUUGGCGGGAAAAUGACAUGUAAUUUCCGCAAAACAGCAAAAUUUAAAGUUCAAGUUUUGGGAAAACAAAUAAAUAAUUUUGAAAGAGCUUGACGUGUCGUGGGCCCACUGUUUUUUGCAAUGACGCCAGACAGGAGCCCAUCAGGGCGGUUGCGCGAGAACGGUUACCUCUAAUUUUAUUGGUGUCUUUCAUACGUUAUGGCUAUCUCAGCGUCUGGAGUUACAGAGGUUUAUAAGAUAAUGUUAAAACUGUCCAAUUUUCUUACAUUUCUCUAAGAUCAGGCACUGACUUAAAGUCACUUAACCGAAAAAUUAUUGCCCAGACAAUAUUAAUGCAAUUAAUUAAAUGGGCCCUAAGUUUUAGUACAAUUCAUAGUUUUACUAUAUGAGAAUUUUUGACGGUUGUUCAAAUUUAUUUAGUCUGGUGAAGAAGUAUCCAUAUUUGAAGGGAACAAGGGGAGUGGUAGGGAGGAAGUAUAAAAUCUCCUGCGCAGCUCUUUUUUUGUCUUCGAGUUGCGUCAAAAUAGGCACAAAAACGGCUACGUAUGAGGUUACGGAGGAAGCUUAAGGUGGCUCCCUAGAGUAUUUACUAAUAACCCCAGCUAUCUAGCAUACGAUACGGAAGGAAACCCAGUUACUUUGUCUUUGCGAUUUGGUUCACGAAAUUUCCCUCUAACUUUACCCUUGUAAAAAGGCUCCUUUAUCAAGUUUUAUUUUCUGGAUUAAGGCCGUUGCCAUGGCAACAUCGCAUCCCUAAACAGGCAGUUAUUUUGUCAUUUUUGAUCAUUUUUUCUUAAUAUUUCCUAUUUCCCUCAGUGAAAUGUCUUUAAACUUUGCCACUUUAUGUUAACGAUAUUGCUUAAUUAAAGUGGAAAAAACAAGAGGUCGUUAGGACGGUUUCGCCAAUAUUUUGAAAUUUGUAACUUUUCUUAAUAGAGGAGUUUAGCUCUUACAGAUUUUAACAAGAAAAGGACAGUACAAAGGAACUGCAACUGUCAGGAAAUGAGGCGAUUUUUAAUCUUGGGUGGGUACUCAAACAUCCACAGAGGUGGUCCUUGCAUGCUUUGUACACCUUAUUACAUGAAAUGUUCGCCACACGCUACUUUCUAGAAGUUCGCGAUACAAAAACAAUCGCGAAAUAAAGUGACGCGAGCAAUGAGUGUCGCGAACAUAACAUGACGCGAAAAUUAAGUGACUGUAAGUGCUGUAAACUUAUGCGGCUUAGUAGUGGAUCGUUUUACUGCCAUCAUCCAUCCUCUAAGAUACAUUACUUUAAUGACUCGCCCUCGAAUUAUUCAAGUUAUUUUCUUCUCUUGGGUUCUACCAGUUAGUUUUAAUGUGCUAAAAGUUAUCCUUUAUACGUUUUAUUUCAAAACAAUUCCUGCCCCCGUUUUUAUUUGGCUGAGUAUUAUUUUCUUCGAGUUCCUACCAAGUGUUGUCUUAAUGCUCUUCUUUGUAUCAAUGAUAUUUCACUUACGCAGGCAUGGUCGGUUAGCACGCAUCGUAGCAGAGCAGUUACGUUUUAACCAUCAGAUGUCGUUUAAAAUCCAUCACGAGAGGUCUGCAGUAAUAAUGAUGGGUCUUGUGAUAGGAAUGUUUCUUGUUUGCUAUGGGAUGUAUCUGCGUUGCAGUUUUACAAUACUAUUCCACACCACCUCAUGUAAAAAUGAAAACUACAAAAUUCCUUUCUUGGUUUUAAACUCAGCCAUUAACCCUCUGGUUUAUGCCUUUUUCAAAAGAGACAUAAAGAAAGCGUUUAAAAGACUUCUUGGACCUGUGUUUUAA